UAAAAAAAACAUACAAAAACAACUCUUUUUUUCAUUUUAUUUUUUUUAAUCACACAAUUACAAGUUCAUUGAUGAGUACCAUGGGAAUAGCAAGUACAUUUUCAUGGACAAAUUCCAUUUCUUCAACUAUUCAAUUCCCUCAAGCUCACACUCAAUUAAUUGGAGGUGAGUCUAAAAGAGUUACAUUUUGGUGUGUGAAUGCAAACAUAGACUCUGCUUCAUCUCCAAAGGAAAGUAAGAUGAUUGUAUCAGUUACUGGAGCUACUGGUUUUGUUGGGAAAAGAUUGGUGCAAAGAUUGCAUGCAGAUAAGCAUCAGAUUCGAGUGUUGACAAGGUCAAGAUCCACAGCACAAUCAAUAUUUCCGGUUAAAGAGUUCCCGGGAAUAGUAAUUGCCGAGGAGCCAGAGUGGAAAAACUGCAUCGAAGGUUCAACAGCUGUUGUGAAUUUGGCUGGAACAUCCAUUAGUACUAGAUGGUCCUCUGAGAUCAAGAAGGAUAUCAAGCAAAGCAGGAUUAGAGUAACCUCCAAGGUUGUAGAAUUAAUCAAUAAUUCAAAGGAUGAUGCCCGUCCCAAAAUUUUAAUAAGUGCAACAGCAGUUGGUUAUUAUGGAACCAGCGAGACGGAAGUGUUUGAUGAGAAAAGUCCAUCUGGAAAUGAUUACUUGGCUGAGGUUUGUAGAGAAUGGGAGGCAGCUGCUCUCAAAGUCAAUAAGGAUGUUAGGCUUGCUCUAAUUCGUAUUGGCGUUGUCCUCGGAAAAGACGGUGGUGCUUUAGCUAAAAUGAUUCCUCUCUUCAUGAUGUUUGCUGGUGGACCUUUGGGCUCUGGAAAGCAAUGGUUUUCUUGGAUUCAUCUCGAUGACCUCGUGGAUUUGAUAUACGAAGCUUUAUCCAAUCCAUCCUAUAAAGGGGUGAUAAAUGGAACAGCACCGAAUCCUGUACGUCUGGGAGAAAUGUGUGAACAACUAGGAUCGACGUUAGGAAGACCUUCGUGGCUACCGGUACCAGAAAUUGCACUGAAAGCUGUACUUGGAGAGGGUGCAUCAGUGGUGUUGGACGGACAAAAGGUGGUUCCAACGAAGGCUAAGGAGUUGGGUUUUUCGUUCAAAUACAGGUAUAUCAAAGACGCAUUGAAAGCAAUCAUGUCAUGAGACUCAUCAACCAUCAACCCAUAUUCAUUUCAAUGGCCUUGAAACGGAACGAAAACACGAAUAAUCUGUUGUCAUUGUUGUUGUUGUUGUUGUAGUCGUCGACUGGGGAUAUGAGUUUUUUUCCUUAUUUUUGAUGAGCCAAAAUUCAAUUUAUAAACAUAAUGUCAUUGUCAAAAGUAUAUGUCUAGUUAUACUUUACUUGAAACGAGGGUCUCUCUUCCUUAUACGAUAGCAGUAAGACGGUAUAUAUAUCACUUGUGAGAUUUCACUGGAUAUAUUGUUGUUGUAUGGACGAACUUUUCACGAGCCCCGAGGUGAAUUGAUCUAAAAAAGUUGCAUAUGUA